AUGAGGAGACUCGUGGUCUCGCUCGCUACGAUAAGCGUGCUCGCAACGCCUACAUUUACUUGGGAAGUCAGUGUUUGCGGUGAUGCCACGUAUGACUUGCCCGAAAAUCGAGGCUGGAUCUGCGCUUCGGCUGACCCCAUUCCCCCAGGCACGGCCUGUCCGUUAAAAGGAGACAAAGCGAGCACCCACUGCAUCGAAAAUUUAGUGUCGUAUAAUGACGGCACUUGCGUGGCACCUGAAGACGCAAAGUGCGUAUUUGUGACAGACACGACGUGGGGCUGCGUAUUUCCGUCGUUUGGAUGCCGUGGAAAUACUCCUACAACGGCAGCCCCGACAACUCAGUGCGAGACUUGGGACUAUGACGAAGAUGAAUUGACUUCAAGCAUUAACGCCGACAUACUCGAUGGAAUCGAAGACUACGAUGAAAGCUGGAGUGUGGAAGUAACAAAAGUGACAAAGUUAUUUGCGUGUGGAGCCGACAAAUCCACCGCGGCACCGACGCCAGCGCCCACUCCUGCUUCAACUUUGGACACAGUAGACUCAUUGGUCUAUAAGCCAACGCCAACAUCGACGUCAUUCGCUAAAGAUUUGCCUUUAUUGGGCAAUGCAACACAGUCUGAAGAUGCAUCAGCACCAGCACUGACUCCAGGUAUCACAGAUGAGUCAUCAAGAGUGGACACUACAGUUGGUGUAGCGGUGGGUACAAUACCAAGUCCAGCGCCAACUUUACAUGCAUCAUCAGAGGCUUCAGCGUCGGACUUUGGAAGUGAAUCAACGUCGGGCACAACAAAUUUGUCAGCAACAGAUCCAACUCAAGCAGAUUCAGCUCCAGAGCCAACUAUUACACAUGAGUUUUUAGAGACUUCGCAAUCGACACAGUGUCGGCGAAAACACCAAAACUGGGUGAAAAGAAGGCGUCAACGCUAG